AUGGCCUACUGCUCAUACAGGUGGCGCAAAGACCACGGAUGUACUCCAGACCCAGAUGAUAUGAUCGCGCUACGUCCCGGAAUGAACCAGGUUGCAGAUCUUCAUGGCCUUGGGAUCAUACAGACUAUGUCUCAUGUCUCUAUGGACGUCUUGCCGAACAUGGAGAACGCUGAUGUCAAGGAUUACUACACCGGCCAUACCAUACAACACAGUCAUCGCAUCCGUGUGCGCACGCCCAUCAUCUGGACCCACGAGCACGGUUACAGGAGCGCCGCUAUGACAGUCAAGGCCAACCCCAAUGAGGCGGUAGCAGCGACUCUCAACGGUGCCGACAUUCGUGGUUCAGAUUCUCAAGCCCUCGACCUGCCCUUCAUUGGUUCUCCUCUCGCUAGAGCCAUCCGCCAAGUCACCGAAGAGCCUUCUUCCCACCCGCCAAUGCCAAUCCCGGGUCUUUGGCUCCAGCCACAAGCUCCGCCCGACAACAACAUGCAGCUGCAGAUCAUCCCCCCUGUCAACGCCAUCAUCAUACCUUCUUCAUCCUCAUCGGAGAAUGCUCGCUGUCCUGCUCUGUCCCCUACGGCUAGCCUACAACUGCACUACGAGAAGCUGCUGCACGAGCGCGAUCAGCGAGAGCUUCAGUACAUCGCUGAGAGCAAGGACAAGGACAGGAUGAUCAGGACGCUCAAGGCUAAGCUUGGAUGGUCUCUGGAGUAG